UCGGUCGGAGCGCAUCUCGUGUUUCUGUGCGGCAGCGAUCGACGAUCGGUCGUGCGGUCGUCCUAACGUGUUCCGAAUUUACCAGUUAGUGUUUUUAUCCGGACGGAUUUUUCUGACGCAAUAAUUGUGCAGUCCUCCACCUGGUGCACCCCACCCCCAACACUUUAGUAUCUGUCUGUCCAUUCGAUUCGAGUCGGUGGAAUCUCGGUUUGCCAGUGUCUGGAGUGUCUCGGUGUCCCCCAUUCGCCAAUGUGUGCCAAAUGCCAAGCGCAGCAGCAGCAACGAAAGGGAAACCCUCAGUGCUCUCGGUGUGCAGUGUUGUAGGUGUCAGUGCAGAGGUGUAGUGCCAUUAUUCAAGGGGUGGGGGGAAGGUGGAGAAGGGUCGUGACCAGGUUUUUAGUGGGAAUGCUCGCAAAAGAUCGAAAGCACUCGCGAUCGCUUCCUCGCGGGUGAAGGUGGAUAUGUAAUUAAGGUGCCAACAGCCGCCGGUGCACGAAGUAUUUAUCGCGAUAAGCGUUUGGUUUGGUUUUGUUAAUUGAAUUAAGCCCACGACAGUUACGCCGCAAACCCCUAAGUGUCAUUUGGAGAAAGGUGUCCUUGGUGGUGUGGUGACCCGGUUUGAAGGUAGCCAAAUGAAGAAAAAGACGACGUACGUGACGAUGGUCGCGGUGGCGCGUUUGGUGGCAAGAAGCAACAGUGCCCCUGCGAAGACUGUUGCGGACUGAUCAUCUUCCAAGGUUGUCAUCAAACUAUUAUCACGGGGGUAUAACCCAUGCCAGUGAUCCUCGCAAAGGAAUUUCAUUUUCGUGUGUAGUCGCUAAGUGAAACAAUUGACGAAGGCUAGUAGUGACCGUAGAUAGCGCGCCCGUCUGUGUGUGUAUGUUUGGAGAGAGUGUUAAGAUUGUCAACUGAUCAUCAUCUUGUCGCCAUCGACCGGGGACCAAACGCGGAGUAGCAAUCAUCAUAAUGGCGGCCGUAGUCUAUGGAAACAGCCCUCGGCAUAGCAGCCGACAUCAUCAUCAGGGUCAUCUGCUGUCGCAGCAUUCGCCCUACCAUUCGCAGUCAUCGUCGAUGCAGCAAUCCGUGUCGCAGCAUCACUCACUGCCACCGCCUCCGGUUCAUCAUCAUUCAUCGCCUCCAUCACAGCAAAUCAUUACCCCGCCGACGUCGUACCUUUCGUCGGCCACAACGGCCAUCUCAUCCCAGCAGCAACCGCAACAACAGCAAGCCUCGCCAUCCUCGAUGUACUACCAGCAUGCCCAGUCCGCAUCGUUGCCACCGCAGCACUCGCAAACGCUCAGCAGCUAUCAUCAGCUGCGCAGCUCGAAGCGGAAGUCAGCGGUCGAGCUGCUGGCCGAAAGUAAACCGUUCUACGUGAAAUCGGAAACCGUUCUGGACCGUCAGCAGCAGCUGAUGAACAAACGGGCGAGCGGUGGUGGCGUUGGAUCUGUUGGCAACAGCGGCGGCAGUGGUGGGGCCAGUGGUGGUGGUGCCAUCUGUUCGCAGCAGAUCGUCGGAGGCAGUUCCGGUGGGGCGCUUAGUGGAUCGUAUAUGGUAUCACCAUCGAGAACAUCCACCGUUAGCCAAUCGCUACAGCUCCAGCAACAAGUACAACAGCAGUCUCAGCAACAACAGCAGCAGCAACAGCGACCAGCUAGCCGCCGGAGUGCCUCGUCCGGGUCGGACCUACUGCAGACCAAGCUCCGGAAGCUGCUAAACGCGGGCGAUAGCAAGGAGACAAUAAUGUCACCAACGGACGUGGGACUCAUUAAUUCUAAAUACGGUCAACCACUGGAGACGAGCUACAUCGGUACGGGGAUAGUUGGUGGUGGUGGUCUGGAUGAUAUCGGAUACAUUCAGCCACCGAAGAACUAUCAGCAGCAACUAACCGUACAUCCGGAGCAACCGAGUGACGUGUCGGUGUUCUUCCCGAGUGCAUUCCUGUCCCCGCAAUCCCUUCCACCGCAUCCCGUCGGCGAUGAUGAGCUGUAUCUGUACGGUGGAUUGCACGAUAGUCUAGUGCUGACCGAUGAUUACCGUGCCAUCAGUCCACCGGCAGAAUACGCCGAGCACGGCGGUAGUGGUGGGUCACCGGACAACAAACACACCGGUGGUAAUGGUGGGACAGCUGGUGGUCACAGCACCCGCUACAACUACCAACGAUCGUACUCGCACUCGCAGGCCGUAGUCACUUCAUCCUCGGGCCAUCAUCCGACUGAUGAGUCGGAUUACUCUCCUACACAGUCGUACAACAUCAAUAGCCACAAAUCGUUGCCGGAUCUGCACUCCCAGAGCAGUCGCCAUUCACCACACUCGGAGGCACUGAGCUGCUGUAGCCGUGGUAACCGUUCAAACCGUUCCGGAAGUUCCUUCAAUCGUGACUCCGGAGGUUCUUCCGGUCACUACACGCACCACAGUGAACCAUGCUGUAAGCAACAGCAGCACAUGCAGCAACAGCAGCUUCAGCAGCAGCCAUACCACCAACAGCAUUCACAGCAGACGAUGAUGAUGCAGCAACAUCAACAGCAGCACCAGCAGCAGCAGCAACAGCAACAGCAACAUAUGCUGCAGCAUCAGCAACACUAUCAGCAGCAACAGCAAUCACACCACGCACAGCCAGUCUCCGCCUCGCAGCAGCAGCAGCAGCAGCAGAGUGAUUCCUGCAUGAUGAUGAUGGGCGAUUAUCGACGGGACAGUGGUUCCUCCACGCAGCACAGUGGCAACUCGUACUACGCAUACGGCAUUCCACCGCUCCGCUACGAUUGCAUCGAAUGCCGGGCAAAGAUACGUGAGGAAGCGGACUGUCUGCUGGCCUUCCCGACACCCGAGGUACCGGAAGCGUUCCAGGAUGGCUACAGUGAGAAGCAGUACCAGCUCGCUCAGCAGCAUCAAUCGCAAAAGUCUCACCAAAAGUACUCGUACGAGGGCAGCUCCGGUAGCCGGAAGUACUAUAAAAGCCAGACCGCGGCAGCACCGAUGUCUCCACUGUCCCCAGUGGCCGCUCCACUGUCUCCACCGGAUCCUCAGCAGCAACAGCAGCAAUCACAGCAACAGCAACUCGAUCUGAGCCCACCGCUUGGUACAUUCAAGCGGCAGAAGUGUCUACGCUUCAAGAACCGCAGUGGCCGCCAGUCUGCUGGUAGCAAUCCGUCGGCAUCCUCCAGCACUCACCGUGGUCCCGGUGGUGGAGGCUCUAGCGCGAGUACUGGUGCCGUUCAAUCGAUGGACGAUGAUCGGAGGCCAAUAUUGCGCUCGAAGAGUGAUAUUAGCGAUCGCUACUGGAACCGUAGCAGUCAACAGCCAGUGCAACAGAGUGGUGGUGUUGUCGCUGGUGGCAAUUCCACCGGGCAGCUGAUCGAUGGUGGUCGUUCCAUGGAUCAUCAUUCACAUCGUGAUCGACGUGAUAGGGAUUCGCAUCGCGAGCGUGAGGCACAGCAGCAGCAGCAACAGCAGCAGCAGCAGCAGCAACACUCCAGCAAACAGUUAGAACAGAAGCAACGCUCGCGAUCCGACAGUCUGACUCAACUUGAGCGCUUCUUCGAUCGUUUGGGACUGGACGAGGAAACGUACGAACGGUACAUUGCUCCAUCCGGUUCUGGCGGACUGCUGAAGCAAGGGCAGCAGCAUCGGCGUGGAUCGGGCGGCGGUUAUCAGCAUCACCUUCACAAUGCAGCCACUUCCUCGGACAUUCAUCGACUUUCGUCGGACGAUUGUGGUGGAGACGGAGCUGGUGGUGGUGGUGGUGCAGGAGCAGAUUCGGACGAAUCCAGUGCUGUCUUCUUCUCGGACGUCUCGACGAUCGACUCCACCAAGCUGCCGGAUAGUACGGAACAACAGCAGCCUUCAUCCCAAGCGUUAGUCGCUGGUCAGCCGACCUCCGGUGGGGAUGUUGGUGGUGGUGGUGGUGUCAGCCCUGCCUUACCGAUGGUCACGGCAAACGGUUUGCUGGUGGCAUCUGUAGGAGUGGAAGGAGCGACCGGGGCGGUUGCGGCUCCCUUGUACCGUACCAGCGAACCACCGUCGAUCAUUGAGCGCAAUGCGCGCAUUAUCAAGUGGCUGUGCAACUGCAAGAAGAUGCAGUUGGCCUAGGGUCGGGCCCGCUGGUCACCGGAAGCGAUCCAUCACACCAAUCCGUACGGCACGGGCAGCCGACGGCGGAGCUACCGGCGACGCAACUGAGCUGUGACGCAACAACACACUCUCGAAGCCAAAGAGGAAUAACACACUUGGAUGAUGACGAAGAGAAAGACGGCAAGGACGAUAACGCGCGAUAACGAUGCUUGCGAUUGCUUCUCGUUCCGCCAUAUAAACGUAGAAAAUGCUUCCGGACCCCCAUUUCCCAAAAAGGGUACCGGCAUGGUCGGAGCGGGUCGAGUGAUGGGUUUUGUUGUCUCGAGAAUCAUAAUAUCUUAACUCUCUUCCUAAUCAUCAAUACUUAUACUUACACUAAUCCUCGUAUAGACGUAUUUAACGAUAUGCAACGAUUUAGGUUAGAUCAUAGGCUGCGAUGCGAGAGAGAAGAGGAGGGGGAACUAAAGGAACUGAGGGGCCGUAGUCUUAGGCUAAGCACGGAAACCCAUGCUCCCCAUACCGUAUAGCAGCGGGAAGAGUGUCGAAAAGAUCGGAUCUCGCGAAAAGUAAGAAGUAGGAGGAGAAAUUUGAAACAUAUACAAGGGACAUUCGGAAGUGACUUAAGAAAGGCUGCUUUCGGUCUUCUUCUUCAUUCGUUUUUUUUGUCAUAUUUUUAGGACAGACUGUUCGAAAUAGAUACCCCCAUAGCACCGCGAGUGCGUGAGAGUGUCUGUCUGUGUGUUUUAGUGGGUUAGGAAGCUAGUAGUUUUAGAGAGCUAUGUAAAAUGUAACCAACCCAUAAAAGGAGUUGAGAGAACGGGCUAGUGAAAUCUUGGGACGCUAAUCAGUUGCUAUAAAACAGGACAUUCAGCGUUCGUGAGCUCUGCAGAGCUUAGUUGACAGGCAGAUAGGUAGCAGUGUAGCAUACU